AUCGCAUUUUUAUAUGAUACUUUGAACAUGAGUUCACAUAUCUAUAUUUAAAUAUUUUUUUAAAAAUAUAACACUACUAUAUAUGAUCUAGAGAGGGGAGCAUGGGUUCACGUGAACCCACGGCACCCCCUCUAGAUACGCCUUACGCCUCUGCAUGAUACAUGAAUUGCAUAUUAGUCAUUAUAUUAAUAAAAUUUUAAUUAGGAAUGAUUUUUAUUCAGUUUUAAAAUUCUAAAUUUGACUACUUAUAUAAUUAUUUAAUACUAAAGCUAGUAAGAAAAAAAAACAUCUUUAUUUGCUAUAGUAAAUUUUGAUAUUAGGAUCAAGUAAAAUGAAACAAUAGUGGUGCGAGUAGUUUCGUUACCAAACCAAUUCCUAUGUUAAAAUAAAUAAAUAUUGUUUACUCUAUUUUGUUUAAAAUAAAUUAGAGUAGCCCAAAUAUACAUCGCCUAUUCAUCUGUGGGUGCGUAGAGCCUGUCAUCAAAAGAAGCUUCACGAAAGACAAUACGUUUGUCUACUACUUUAGUUCUAUUUUUAAUAAAAUAAUGUAGCUUUUGCUUCUUUCUUUUUACUCUCGCUUUUUUCUUUUAUAAUAUUUUCCCCUUUCUCUAUUUCUUCCUUCUCGAAUUUUCCAAUUAUCUUCCCAUCUCUCCUUGUUCCUACCCACCCCACACCCACGCACCUCUAUGUGGCGCCGGAAACUUCUAGAAUCACCGAAAAUUCCGACGGUCGUCUUUCUCGGAACUCUGUAGUUUUGGCUCCAGAUCUGCGAGAAUAGAAUCAUCGAUCUUCACUCAACUUUUCAGGUGAUAAGAAGAUAUGACUCCACAGCCAAUAGACCGGAACGGAGGAGAGACGACGGCCGGUGAAACGCAGAGGUCCGUGCCGACACCGUUUUUAACAAAGACCUACCAGCUCAUCGAGGAUCAAUCUAUUGACGACGUGAUCUCUUGGAAUGAAGACGGAUCUACUUUCAUCGUGUGGAAUCCGGCGGAGUUUGCUAAAGAUUUGCUUCCUAAAUAUUUUAAACAUAAUAAUUUUUCUAGCUUCGUUAGGCAGCUCAACACCUAUGGAUUUCGGAAAGUCGUACCUGAUCGAUGGGAAUUCGCAAACGACAGCUUCCGGAGAGGUGAAAGAAGUCACUUAAUUGAUAUCCAGCGUCGAAAGGUUGUGACAGCGAUUGCUACUCCUUCCGCUGCUGCAACAGCGGUGGCGAUUGUGGCUGCGCCACCACCUCCGCCCGCUCAACCUCCCGGGACGCCGGCGCCACCACCUCCGCCUGCUCAACCUCCGGUGACGGUAUCUACCUCGGAUUCCUGUGAAGAGCAAGUUAUAUCAUCAAACUCAUCUGCAGGGAGCACAGCGGAGCUUUUAGGAGAAAACGAACGGUUAAGAUUGGAGAAUUUACAGCUCAACAAAGAGUUGAACAGUAUGAAGAAGCUCUGCGGCAAUAUAUACGGUAUGAUGUCUAAUUACGCACAGCCUUCCAGCAGCGGUAAUCAAUCGGCGGAGAGUAGUUCGCCGGGGUUGAAGCCACUGGAUCUGUUACGGACGGAACAGUACUUAGGUGAAUCACAGGUGAAGGCGGUAGAGGACGGCGAGAGCCUGGAGGAACCGGAGGCGAGAUUAUUCGGUUUCUCGAUAGGCAUGAAGCGUGUUAGGGAAGGGGAAGAAGAAAGGACCGAUCAUGCUCAGGAUUUACAGCUGCAGCAACCUGGAACAACUGAUGUUAAAUCAGAAGCGUCUGAUCAGGAAAGUAACGGUGAGAGUGAAGAGAGAUCGUGGCUGGUACAGUGCGGUGGACGAAAUCAAAGGACUUGUAAUUGAUAGUUUUGUUGAUGUAAUGAAACCUUAAUUAGAUUAGAUUAGAGAUUAUAUUAGCUGAUCAAAAUCGAAAGAGGUGAUAAUUACGUGGGGUGGAGAGGGGACUAUGACUAAUCUUGAAGAAGCUUCUUUGAGACCCUUUUUGAUUUAUUUUGUUACAAACUACUACAGUACUUUACUUUUGUAGCAGUAAAAAAUGAAUCGUUUUCCACUGCUCUCUUUUGAAAGAGCUGACGGCGGACAACAAUUUGAGAAAAUUGUGCAAGGAAAGUACGUUUAUAUCCUUGAUCCUUUUGUAAUUUUGCCACUGCAAAGAAAAAAGUUUAUCAAAA